GCAGCGUCUGUUAGUCGAGUUUCGACCGUUCAACCAGACAGCAGUGCGAUAGCGGAGGAAGCCCAGCCAGAGUUUACAGCAGGCAACCAGCUCCAGGGAGGAAGCAGCAGCAGCAGCAGCAGCAGCAGAAGAAGCAGAAGCAGCAGCAGCAGCAGCAGCAGCAGCAGCAGUAGAAGCAGAAGCAGACAUUGUGGUCACAGACGAAACCGCACAGUCCAUCCAUAUUCAGAGAGAAGUUAAUGAAGAGCAACAACAACAGUUCAAUUAAUGAAGAGCAGCAACAACAGCUCAGACUCUGAAUAGUAGUGCGUGUGUGUGAGUGCUGCAACGACGCAUUCUGUUUCAGACUGCGAGUGCAAUUUUAUUGACGGCCUACAACUGAGACGCAUAGCCAAUCACGGUGCAUGCGUGGGCGGAGUGCCGGACCAGCUCAACAACCGGACGCCCGGAGAGUAGGCCAGAAAUAAGUGCAGAAGAAACCACAACUGGAAAUUUAAUUAGUGGCUGGGGCAGGACCCAUUCAAUCAUCACCAGCGUAUUGAAACCAGACACAGGGCCAACAACAUCGGGCCCAAACAAGGCGUUGCUGGCACUUUCGACAAAACAACAUCAACAACAGCAAUAGCAACAACAUCAGCAACUAGGAGAACUGAACGGCGAAACGAAAGUGAAAGCAACGUCAACACCAUCCAAACACAUUCGCGUGCUCUUAUGUGUUUCUGUGUCUUAUUUUGUGUGUGUCUGUCUAUUUGUAUGUGUAUAUUGACGUGCCUGUAAGUGUGUUGUAACUUUCACAACGGAAAACGCGCGUUUUUUCUAUGCUCUUCCCAGCAACUGGAGGAUACUCGAAACGGCUCUCUCAUUGUCUAAAAAACCGGGCCGGAGUCCACUUGAAGUGCUAAUGAAGUAAACGUUGCGCCACAUCGACUUUCCAUUAUCAUCGCUUUAACAGUUACUUUUAUCAAUUAACCACUAACGAAGCUGCCAAUCUAAUCACAGCCAAUAAAAGAUACCCAAUCACCGCCACACUAACUACAGAUAAACCAUCAAGCCAAUCAACAUGUUUUCCAUGUGCAAAAAGGUGAAGCCGAGAAGUGAGGAGUCCUCGAUAGCAUCUCAACAAAUGCAUGACUUGGAGAGUGCGGGCAAGCAAAUCAAAGGCGGCUACCUUCUACGCUAUAAAAAACAAAUGCUGUGGAAUCGGUGGUCGGAGGAAUGGGUUAUACUGUAUGAUGACUCCACCAUGGCCUGGUUUACAGAGCCGGGACGCUCGGCACCAUCCGGCAAGGUUUUGGUCAAGGAGGCUCCCGAGAUGCUAGCCAUUGCUCAUUGGACUGGACAGGUGCCACGUCGUCCGCCAUUGCCCAAUGGCGUCAGCGUGUCGCAGCUAAUUGCGCUCGGCUCGCGGCGCAAGCGGUCCAAGGUCUAUUGGAUGCUGGCCAAGUCUGAGCAAGAGGUAGGCGAUUGGAUUGAAGCCAUUACCAAAACAUUGCCGCCACCGCCGCAAAUCGAACUGGUCGUGGAUAAGCCACAACUGAUGAAUGUGUUGCGUCGUCCAUUGGUGCGGAUAAGACCGCACGACGAUAUAUUGCCAACCACAGCGCCCACCAACUCUGAGGUGAAACAGCGAAAAUCGGUGGCCCACAAGACCAGUCGCCAUCACCGCAGCUCCUCAGCGGCGCUGACCACAGAGCGGAUGCUCCACAAUCAGAAUCCAUUGAUCAAAAGCGAUGCGGCCGUUGCCAUAUUGAGCAAGAAGGCGGACUCAAAGGCAUCGCUGGCCUGCGCUUUGCCCUGGGGACAUGGUUGGGGUUGGGCCACGCUGCCCAACGGCGUUUGGAGCGGCGGCCUCACCUGGUCGCAAUGCGAGGACACAUUCACACUACACGCACUACCAACAACGCACUGCACGAAUCUCGUUGAGAACUCGUGCAGCGGCGCCAUCUACCACACAGACAUUGGCGGUUUUGAUUUUCAUUCCUCGGGCGUCGACGAUUUGGGCGGCGAGGAUUUUGACUAUGCCAUGGACUGUGGCGAUUUUAUAUUUUAAGUCUAUAUACCUAGUCAAUCAGCCGCGCUCCGACCCUUCAUACGCUACUCCACAUCAUCCAUCUCUACGCCUGUGUCACCUCGAGUAGUAGUCGGAGAACUUUAGUGGCUAACGCUUUCAUAGAAUUACCUCGGCCAAGAAUUUCCCAUUGCUUGUCGCACCGAUUGACAGAACUGUUUAUAUGUACGUAUGUAUAUAACUAUAUAUGUCUGAAUAUAGUUAUGUAUGUACGUAUGAAUAUACAGUUGCAUGCACAUCUCUAUCCAAGCCAGCGCACACACAGGCAGAUAGAUGCACAGGACAUGUGUGCGUAUGGGUAAUGUCAGGCUGCGUUACGCACCACGGUGCAUCCAUCUGCUUGUGUGUGUAAGCAGCAUCUGCGUGUUUCUGUUAAUUGAGUUUGGGUUAUUGUUGCUACACUCCAAUUAGCGAGCAGCAGCCAAUUAGAACCUACAGCUGCAGCUUGCUAACGCAACACAUUGAAUUAAUGCCAGAGAUGACUAUCAAUUUCCCGCUGUGUGAGACUGAGGGUGUUCGUGUGUACACGUGGGUGCGUGCGUGUCCGUUCGCAAAGCUAAUCCGCACUCAUGCUGUUACCUAGCAACACCCAGUCAGCUAGUGCAAGAGUUUAAUGUGUUGCGCGGCGCCUUAGAGUAUGCAACAAUUUCUUGCAAAAGCGAAUGGCUCCGAGCAAGUUGUGGAAAUCAAAGCCCCUAGAAUAUUUUUAUGAGUUUUAUAGAGAGUUUCCUACUCAGCAGACGACCUCUCCUACCCAAGGUCGCGCUGCGUUAUUUUGAUAUUUUUAUGCAGUUUUAAGCUCAUCGAAAGUGAAAGUUAUUUGUAAUUGAGUAGAAUAUAGUAUGAUUACCUAGAGCAUUUUUAUAUUCUACUAUCUAUAGAGAGCCCAUUGGUUAUGCUAUAGAAGGUAACGCAACUAACAACAAGCAAAAGGAAAACCAGGUUAUUGAAAUAUACAAAAUUAAUCCUAGUAAUAAUUCAUAGGCAUAUGAAUACCCCAAGCACACCAACCAGGCCAGUUUAUAGAAACUGAAAUUAACAACAGCCCACCCGUACUGAUAAAGUAAUGUUUAUAAAAUAAACAAAUCAAAUUAGCAAAACAGAUAUACAUAUUGCUUGUAUAUAUUGGUCUACAAAUACAAAUAUAUAUCUAUGUAUACAAAUAUUAUCUAACCUUAUACUUAACCCUAUCUACGUCUCCGGUGUAAAGCCAUUCUGAUUGCUGUUGAAAAUACAAUUUUCUGGAAAUAUGUUAGAACACACAAACUUGUUAUCCUCGUUGCAUAGUGAUUAGUGUAUCUCCGGCUUGAAUCAAUUAUCUUCGCAGGGUAACGAUAAGAAAAUAUGCUCAUAUCCACACAAAACUCUGGUGAACAAGUUUAUGUGGCUAUGAAUAUAUUUAUACAUACAUUCAAAAACAUUGAUGGAUACGAUCGGUCGAAAGAAAAUUCCUGAAUUAUUCACCAUUAAAGUUCACACUAGGGUAAUUGUCAACAACAAACACUUCAACCUUUAAGGGUCGAACAAAGUGUAUUCAAAAAGAAAAAAGAAAUUUUGCAAAUUUUGAACAUUUUUGUGCACAAGUGCACAGAAAACGCCGCUACGGAAACCUUGAACGAGAACGUUAAGAAAUCUAAAGUUAGGAUAAUUGUGUCUUUAUGGACAGAAAAUAUAAAAAAAAAGGAAAAUUUGUUGAAAGCCAAUAUAUUUACAUAGAAAAAAUGAAAUGAAACAAAGUUUUAGCGCAGGUUUUCAUAUUGUUGAAAAUGAAAAGAAAAAAAUUCAGAUAAAAAUUUUGAUAAUACGGGUAACCAGAAAAAUCUUACCUCUCUCUCACUCUCAUUCUCUCACUCUCUCUGUCUCUCUCUCGCUCUCUUGCUCUCUCAAAGAACGCCCCAUAAUUAUUGCUGAUUAUUUACCUAGCCUUAUAUCUUUUAAUGUAUGCAAAGAGUCGAUAAAGGCCGCUAAACACAGCCAGAGCCUACAGCGACACAAACAAAAAACAAAGAAACAAAAACCUAAGCCAAGUGCUUGCAAAGGUAACAGAAGCUUUAGUCACACAACAUCUCAAUACACAGAGAGAUUGGUAUAUUUGUACCCAAAAAAAAAGAAAAGAAACAAAAUCUAUAUAUAUAAAUGUU